AUGUCGGAAGCAUCACGUGCCGGUGACCCUGACCAUUUCCUCACGGUCUCCCUGGCACUCCAACGGCUCCGAGAUGCUGCGCGAGAGGUGGAUUCCGAGAAGGGUUUGGAGGCGAUGAAGACGCUGCUCCCCAUCGGCGGCCCCGACUUGGUCCGUUUCCUGGCGAAGGUGGUGAACACCGGCUAUGCAGAGCUGCCUCAAUCCAGGCUCAGGCUGGGAGGGGGCUCCAAAAGCCCCCGAGGAUCGGGGAGACGAGACUCGCCGGGCUUCCGGGGCCCCAGCAUCGUUUCCAAGCUUCUGCAACAGUUCGAUCUUCUGCUGAACGUCUUCGCAGCUUUGAAGGACCGGGAGAUUUUCACCUUCUCGGCUGUCAGCAAGCUGUGCCAUGUUUCGGCGAAUCAGCCGACUACUUGGCGCUGUCGGAUGCUCGUCCUGAACCUCACGAAGAAUAAGGAAGUGACUGAAACCGCCACUUUGCAGAAAGCGAUCGAGUCCAUCAGCAAGCGCCAGGGAGCCUCUAUCUGGAGAUAUGUCCAGGGAAUCGUUCUCCCAAGCGGCUUGCGGGGUUUCUCGAAGUAUCUUCCUGCAACGAUUCAUGCGCUGCUGCCGAACAUACGCCUGCUUGACCUGGGGACCUUCUCUGCGAACGAGGCUUUGCUGGUGUCCAUCCUGGCAGGGUUGAAGAAUUUGGAGCAACUCCACGGUGCCAGGGACCUUCGGGUACCUCUGUCUCCGACCCCGGUCAUGAGCCCGACGAAGCUGAAAGUCUUGACGGUCCCGAAUGCCUUUGUGUUCCACUGUCAUACAGUUUGGGCUCUCCUAGCUUCGGUGCUGCCCCGCAUAGAAGUGCUUCGUGUGCCGCUGGGCUUCUGGACAACCUUAAACUACGAGAUCCGGACGAGCGAUGCGGACAUGGAGUGCUUGCGGAGCUUGCGCUGUCUUCGAGAAUUAGACAUUUCAGAGGUGCACACCUUGACUGAUCGAGGGCUGCAAGUUGUCGCUUCCCUGCGUUUGGAGCAGCUGGCCAUCCGACGAAUGGGUGCCCAGGUGUCCGGUGCCACCCUGCGGGCACUCGCGCAAUGCGGGACCCUGGCUUCCUUGGACCUGAGUGGCAACUUACCUCCCGAGCGCGCCGCCCGCCCCAACCGCUCUGAGGGCAGAGGCUCCAUGUCUCAGCGCGACGUCGAAGGAUUCCUCAUCAAACGCCCAGAAGUCAAGAUCCGCUUUGAUGCACAUCCGCUACCAUGA